AUGGAGGAGAAGCCCCCUGCGGGAGAUGUGAGCACAAAUUCGGACACCGAUUCUCUUCGGACCACCAGCUAUGAAGGCCAACGGGAAGAAAUCCGUAUCUCCAACCCACAGGGAAUGACCAUGUCGCAAACCGGCGUUGAUGUUGAGAAGGCCGAGUAUGCGUUCUCGGAAAUGAAUAGACAAUUUUCUAGCAUUUCGCACCAAGCCCGUCAAUUAUCGAAGCAAGCGUCUCGAGCGUCAAAACCCGCUGCUGCUGCCGAGGAUGUGGAAAAAGCGGGAAGCUCUGCGGACUCGGACGAGCCAUGGGAUCUGGAAGCUACGCUGCGAGGAAAUCGAAAUGCAGAGAAGGAAGCGGGAAUCAAAGACAAGCAUAUCGGUGUGAUUUGGAAGGACCUUUCUGUGAGAGGAAUCGGCGGCAUGAAAACCUUUAUAAAGACAUUCCCUGAUGCCAUUGUCGACUUCUUCAAUGUCCCCGAGACCAUCAUGAAUAUGCUUGGAUAUGGCAAUCAAGGAAAGGAGUUCAAUAUCUUAGAGGGAUUUCGUGGCCUGGCUAAACCAGGAGAGAUGGUAUUGGUACUAGGAAGACCUGGGUCUGGAUGCACCACAUUUUUGAAAGUCAUUGCCAACCAGCGCGUUGGAUAUACCGCGGUCGAUGGCGAGGUUCUUUAUGGUCAAUGGUCAUACGAUGAAUUUUGCAAACGGUUUCGCGGGGAGGCGGUUUACAAUCAAGAAGAUGAUAUCCAUCAGCCUACGUUAACCGUUAAGCAAACUCUUGGUUUUGCGCUAGACACCAAGACCCCAGGAAAACGCCCGCAUGGCGUGUCAAAAGCCGAGUUCAAGGAAAAAGUCACGAAUAUGCUUCUUCGAAUGUUCAAUAUUGAGCACACGGCAAACACCGUGAUUGGAAACCAAUUCAUCCGGGGCGUGAGUGGCGGAGAGAGAAGACGGGUCAGUAUCGCGGAGAUGAUGAUCACUUCCAGUGCUGUGCUCGGUUGGGACAACAGCACGCGUGGCUUGGAUGCUUCAACCGCUCUUGAUUUCGCGAAAUCUCUCCGAAUUCAAACGAAUAUUUACAAAACGACCACGUUUGUGUCCCUCUACCAGGCAUCCGAGAACAUCUACAAGCAAUUCGAUAAAGUGCUUGUGAUUGAUAGUGGCCGACAGGUAUUCUUCGGCCCGACAGACAAGGCUAGGUCCUACUUCGAGGGGCUUGGCUUCCGAGAAAAGCCUCGGCAGACCACUCCGGACUACUUAACAGGAUGCACAGACCCUUUUGAAAGAGAAUUCAAGGAUGGAAGAAGCGCGGCUGAUGUGCCGUCCACCCCGCAGGCCCUAGCGCAUGCAUUCGUCAAUUCCGAAUACAGCAAGCAGCUCGAUGAAGAGAUGCAGGCUUAUCGAGCACAGAUCGAACAUCAAAAGCAGAUCUACGAUGAUUUCGAAAUCGCCAACCAAGAGGCUAAACGCAAGUAUACGCCAAAGUCAUCCGUCUACUCGAUUCCGCUGCAUCUACAAAUUUGGGCGUUACUGCGCAGGCAGUUCCUCAUAAAGUGGCAAGACAAAUUCGCUCUCACAGUAUCCUGGAUUACCUCUACCGGAAUUGCAAUAAUUCUAGGCACUGUAUGGCUAAAACAACCCAAGACAAGUGCCGGUGCCUUUACUAGAGGUGGUCUGCUCUUCAUCAGCAUGCUUUUCAAUGGCUUCCAAGCCUUCGCGGAACUUGCUUCCACGAUGAUGGGUCGUUCAAUUAUCAAUAAACAUCGAUCAUUCACGUUCUACCGACCAAGCGCACUGUUCAUCGCCCAAAUCCUUGUCGAUACAACAUUUGCAAUAGCGAGAAUUCUUAUUUUUGCCAUUAUUGUGUACUUCAUGUGUGGUUUGGCGUUGGACGCCGGUGCAUUCUUUACCUUUGUUCUCAUUGUCCUCACUGGCUAUAUCUGCAUGACGGUGGUUUUCAGAACAAUUGGAUGUCUCUGUCCCGAUUUUGACUAUGCCAUGAAGUUCGCCUCAGUCAUCAUCACACUUUUUGUCCUGACCUCUGGUUAUCUGAUUCAGUGGUCAGGCGCCCAGGUGUGGUUAAGAUGGAUUUAUUACAUCAAUCCCUUUGGCCUAGGAUUUGCCGCUCUGAUGGUGAACGAGUUCAGUCGUCUCACCAUGACUUGCUCCGAGUCGCAGUUGGUUCCCAGUGGCACUGGAUACGAUGACAUUGCUCACCAAGCGUGCACUCUCGCAGGCGGGGAGGCCGGAUCGGCAAUUAUUCCCGGUUCGAGCUAUCUUUCGACCACUUUCAGCUAUUUCAAAGAAGACUUGUGGCGAAAUUUCGGUAUCAUGAUUGCUCUCAUAGCCGGUUUUCUGGCAACAAACCUCUACUUUGGUGAAACAAUUCAGUUCGGCGCCGGUGGUAAGACAAUCACUUUCUUCCAGAAAGAAAACAGCGAGCGAAAAAAACUCAACGAGGCAUUGGAAAAAAAGAAAGCCAACCGGCAGUCAAAGUCCGUGGAUACUGGAACCAAGUUAAAUAUCACAUCAAGGUCCGUCUUCACUUGGGAGGAUGUUUCGUACGAAGUGCCGGUUCCCUCGGGAACCCGAAAGCUUCUGAAUUCCGUCUAUGGAUAUGUUGAGCCCGGAAAGUUGACCGCUUUGAUGGGAGCAUCGGGAGCAGGCAAAACAACUCUAUUGGAUGUUCUAGCUGCGCGGAAAAACAUCGGAGUCGUUAGUGGGGAUAUCCUGGUAGAUGGAAAGCUCCCCGGCACUUCGUUCCAGAGAGGAACAUCUUAUGCAGAGCAGUUGGAUGUCCACGAACCCAUGGUAACUGUAAGAGAAGCAUUACGCUUUUCCGCUAUUCUCCGCCAGCCCUAUGAAACACCCCAGGCCGAUAAAUAUGAGUAUGUUGAGGAAAUCAUCAGUCUUCUCGAGCUCGAAAAUCUGGCCGAUGCCAUUAUUGGAACUCCCGAGACCGGCCUCUCGGUCGAAGAGAGAAAGCGAGUCACGAUUGGAGUUGAGUUGGCAGCCAAGCCUCAACUUUUACUGUUUCUCGACGAGCCGACAUCUGGUUUGGAUAGCCAGUCGGCAUUCAACAUUGUGCGAUUCCUUAAGAAACUUGCCGCUGCUGGUCAAGCUAUUCUCUGUACUAUUCAUCAGCCCAACUCAGCGCUUUUUGAAAACUUUGAUCGCCUCCUGUUGCUCCAGAGAGGAGGCGAAUGUGUUUAUUUCGGCGACAUUGGCUCUGAUUCCCGAAUUCUUCUGGAAUAUUUUCGCCGCUAUGGUGCCGACUGCCCUCUUGAUGCCAACCCGGCUGAAUGGAUGCUGGAUGCGAUCGGCGCUGGGCAAACACGGCGAAUCGGUGAUCGUGAUUGGGGAGACAUUUGGAGAAGUUCGCCAGAACUGGAGACUCUGAAGAAAGAUAUCGUACAAAUCAAAGGGCAACGUGCCGAGGCUGCCCGACAAUUUACAUCUGACAACAAUGCGCCCAUUGAGAAAGAAUAUGCGUCGCCUCUUUGGCAUCAAAUCAAAGUUGUUGGGCGGCGAACCCAUCUCUCUUUCUGGCGCUCCAGAAACUACGGCUUCACUCGGCUUUUCACACAUGUUGUUAUAUCAGUCAUAACCGGCUUGGCAUUCAGGAACCUUGAUGACUCUCGCUCCUCUCUUCAAUACCGCAUUUUCGUCCUUUUCAACGUCACCGUCCUCCCCGCUAUAAUUCUGCAACAGGUCGAGCCACGCUAUGAUUUUUCACGACUGAUCUUCUACCGCGAAUCAGCAUCCAAAACAUACAGUCAAUUCGCUUUCUCACUGUCCAUGGUCCUUGCCGAGUUGCCGUACAGUGUUCUAUGUGCCGUGUGCUUCUUUCUGCCUCUCUACUACAUCCCAGCAUUCCAGUCUGCAAGUAGUCGCGCCGGAUAUCAAUUCUUUAUGGUCCUUAUCACGGAAAUUUUCGCAGUAACUCUUGGUCAAAUGAUUUCAGCUCUGACACCUAACAGCUUCAUCGCAUCACAGCUCAAUCCUCCAAUCUCCAUCAUUUUCUCUCUAUUCUGUGGUGUUGCCAUCCCUAAGCCACAAAUGCCUAAGUUCUGGCGAGCUUGGUUGUACCAGCUUGAUCCGUUUACUCGCCUGAUUGGCGGCAUGGUUGUCACCGAACUACACGGACGGGAUGUGACCUGUUCUGCAGCUGAAUACAACAGUUUUGAAGCACCAGCAAACCAAACCUGUGGCGAGUAUAUGCAAGCAUUCUUUGAUCGGGGAGGAGCAGGUUACCUUUUGGAGAAUGGGACUCAAGCGUGCAAGUACUGCGCGUAUAAGAUUGGGGAUCAGUUCUACGAGCCUUUCAGUAUGAACUUCGGCCAUCGAUGGAGAGACCUGGGCAUAUUUCUCGCCUAUGUAGCAUCAAAUCUCAUUAUUCUCUUCUUGGCGUCUCGAUUUUUGAACUUCAAUCGGAGGUAA